AUGCUGUCAGAGCCUGCAAGGGUAGCCUUCUCGCAGAAAUCUGAAGCCCCGUCGCUCGUUCGUUUGUACAGGUUCCUGUCUUCAGAGUACCGCAUUCUUUUCACACUCUGCUUUCUGGCAAACCUCGCGGGCGUGGUCAUAUUUCUUUGGCAAUGGGUGCUUUACGGGAAGCCAAACGAGGCCACUUGUGCUUUGGCGACGUCUAUCAACCUUACAGUAUCAAUCGUCAUUCGAGAAGAGCACAUCGUGAACGCACUCUACUGCAUCUUCACCGCCAUUCCGAAAACACAACCGCUCUGGAUCCGACGAAGAGCCGGCAAGAUCUAUCAUCUCGGCGGGCUACAUAGCGGAUGUGGCGUGGCGGCAACAUUUUGGUUCGUCUUUCUCUCUAUCGAGAAGUCGGUUUCUUUCAGCAAUGAAACAAACAGAGAUGCUACAAAAUGGUGCCACAUCCUUGUAGUGUAUAUGCUCGACCUCUUGUUGGUAGCAAUCGUCGUGAUGGCAUAUCCCGCUAUCCGCGCUAAAUUGCACAACGCAUUCGAGCUCGUCCAUCGGCUGGCAGGCUGGUCCUGCCUUAGCCUUUUGUGGUGUCUGACCGUGCUGGAUGUCUCGAUUACCACGCCGUCGGAUGAGUCUCUGGGUAUCGCUCUCUUGAGCAGCGUUAACUUCUGGCUCGUCCUUAUUUCGACUUGCAGCGUGAUCUCGACCUGGUUGAACUGUCGGAAGUUAUCUGUCCGGUCCGAGAGGCUCUCUUCGCAUGCGUUGCGAAUGUUCUUCAGCUACACCGACCCUCAGCCAGGUACCACAAUUCGACUCUCAUCUCGGCCGCUACUUGAGUGGCAUGCGUUUGCCACGGUGAAGAAUCCGGAUGAGCCAGGCUUCUCGGUUGUCAUCUCGAACGCCGGAGACUGGACUAAAAGGAUAAUCAACCAACCUCCCCACCAGAUCUGGGCUCGACGCACUCCUACCUGUGGCGUGUUGCGGAUCGCGCCCAUGUUUAACAGUAUAGUGCUCGUUGCUACAGGUUCUGGCAUCGCACCCUGUCUUCCUGUCAUAAUGGCACAGCAAACCCGCAUCACCUUGUUUUGGUCGACCCGGGAUCCUCUUGAGACGUAUGGGCCGGAGAUUGCGUCGAUCGUCUUAGGGCUCGGAAAAGACGCACACAUUCACAAUACCUCGACGAUGGGGCGGCCGAACACUCUUCCAACCGUGAUGGACCUUUACAAGCGGACAGCGAGCGAAGCCGUGAUUGUCAUUUCCAAUCCGAAAUUGACCAUCGACCUCGUAUUGGACUUGGAGAUGCUGGGAGUGCCAGCCUUUGGCCCCAUCUGGGAUUCUUGA